AAAGUAAGGACCUUUAAUACAAACAACCAUCACACCAUGCCUCCCGAGCGGAAACCCGCGCAAAAGCGCAGACAACUCCCCUUCAAACCACCAAGCCGAACCUCCUCCUCCGCCGCUGCCCCAGCAUCAUCAUCAUCAACUACCAGCAAAUCCAAAGGCAAAGCCACAACAAAAUCAACGACAACAGCAGCAACCAAACGAGGACCAAAACCAAAAGAAGCACCAGCCAAAGCCCCCUCAUCCAAAUCCGCACGCCCCCGACCAUCAUCACCCAGCCCCGCCGACUCCGAAGAAGACAGCAACAACGAGAACGACGACGACGACAACGCUUCUUCUGCAUCCCCCGCCCGCUCAGACGCAUCAUCCCCAGAGCCAGAGCCAGAACCGGACUACAUUCUCGCGGAGAUCAUCCACAAGGAUCAGCCAUCUGAUGAUGUGCUCACGAACGACCCUGUUAUUCCGCCGAAGUUAUUGACCAGGUUACUGCAUCAUCAUUUCCAGAAUGAAAAGACGAAGAUCGCCAAGGAUGCGAAUACCGUCGUCGCGAAGUAUGUGGAUGUUUUUGUGAGGGAGGCGUUGGCGAGAGCGGCGUUUGAGAGGAGUGAGGCUGUUGGGAAGGGGGCUUCGGUUGGGGAUGGGUUUUUGGAGGUUGAGGAUUUGGAGAAGAUGGCGCCGCAGCUUGUUAUGGAUUUUUAGAUGGGUUUUCUGGUCUAUAUGGGUUGGGAUGGAGUUUAUGGGUUUGGUUAUAUGGAUUUUGAUACCAUGUUUGUACUGUAAGUGAUGCUAAAUUUGGAGCUAUUCAAGCGGAUUGAAAA